UUCAGCAUAAGAACCCUGGGCGUGGCUACAGUCAGGUAAACUUCUAGUAGUAAGAAGAACUACUGCACACACAGCUUAACUUGAUAUUGUUGGUGGCUGCAUAGGACCACAGCCACAGCUUUGAGAAGUGUUUUUUUUUUUAAAGCAACAACAGCCUUGCUCUACCUGAAGAAACAAAUGGCUAUACGGGAAGAAAAUGGGAGUUUUGCCAAUAGCUACAGGAACCCUGCAUUUGAGGAGGAAAUCGAAAGUGAUGAUACAAACAAAAAGAAUGAUAUAGCAAUGAGACACAGGAACAUGGAAAAAGGCAAGCCCCUCCAUCCUAACCAGCUUGAUACAGACAUCAGUAUUGAAGGUGACCAGGAAGUGGACAAACAUGACUCAGGAGAAAGCAAGGACUCUGGGUGCAAAGGGUGUUUUGAAAAGAAAUACGAUGCAGCCUUACACUUUUUCAGGAAACAUAAAACCAGAAUUCGAUAUGUUAUUUAUGGAAUACUAAUAGCAGCUUAUCUGGCCAUGGUGAUUGCGGCCUGUAUCUUGAAUUUUCGCAGAGCUUUGGCCCUCUUUGUACUCACCAUCCUGGGCAUUUUCUUCAUCUGCUGGGACUUUUUGAUGGCCAGAUAUGAGGACAGAAUUGCAGAAUCGCUUUCCCCUUGUGGAAAGUUUCUGGAUACCCAAUGGUUUUGGCUGAAAUGGGCAGUGUGGAUAUCACUAGCAGCUGCCAUCGUGUGCUGGCUUGUCUUUGACACUGCCAGACAAGGAACCAACCAACUCAUUUCCUUUGGCGGCCUUAUAAUGUAUGUCUUCUUGAUGCUGAUCUUUUCCAAGUACCCAACUAAGGUUGUAUGGAGACCAGUAAUUUGGGGGAUAGGAUUACAGUUUAUUCUUGGACUAAUAACUUUGAGGACAAAAGUAGGAUUCGAUGCAUUCAACUGGCUUGGUGGUCAAGUGCAGACUUUCUUGGAAUACACAGAUGCUGGCUCUAAGUUUGUCUUUGGUGAUAAAUACACUGACCACUUCUUUGCCUUCAAGGUGCUGCCUAUUGUCAUUUUCUUCAGCAUGGUGAUGUCUAUGCUUUACCACCUUGGAUUCAUGCAGUGGCUUAUUAAAAAGGUUGGAUGGGUAAUGCAAAUAACCCUCGGGACGAGUCCAGUUGAAUCUCUGGUUGCAGCUGGCAACAUAUUUGUGGGACAGACAGAAUCUCCUCUCUUGGUGAAGCCUUAUUUGCCCUAUAUCACCAGGUCUGAACUCCAUGCUGUCAUGACGGCAGGAUUCGCCACUAUUGCUGGAAGUGUCUUAGGAGCAUAUAUUUCAUUUGGUAUUCCAGCCUCCCACUUAUUGACAGCUUCCGUGAUGUCAGCGCCAGCAGCUUUGGCUAUUGCCAAGCUCUUUUGGCCAGAGACUGAACAUUCCCAGAUAACUGCACAGCAGGCUGCAAAAGUGGAGAAAGGAGACUCAAAAAACCUGUUGGAAGCAGCCAGCCAAGGGGCUUCUGCCUCCAUCCCUCUGGUGGCAAACAUUGCUGCAAAUCUGAUUGCCUUCCUUGCCUUGCUUUCUUUCUGUAAUGCAGUCCUCUCCUGGCUGGGAAAUAUGUUCAACUAUUCACAGUUGAGCUUUGAGGUCAUUUGUGCUUAUGUCUUUAUGCCAUUUUCAUUCAUGAUGGGAGUCGACUGGGAAGACAGUUUUCUUGUUGGUAGACUUCUAGGCUAUAAGACCUUCUUCAAUGAAUUUGUGGCUUAUAAAGAUCUUUCAGAACUGAUCAAACUGAGGAAGGCAGGAGGGGAAAAGUACAUUGGUGGAGAGAACCAAUAUCUGAGUAUUCGAUCAGAAACCAUUGCCACUUAUGCUCUCUGUGGAUUUGCAAACUUUGGCUCUUUGGGACUCGUAAUUGGAGGACUCACAUCCAUGGCACCUUCCCGGAAGAGAGACAUUGCCGGCGGGGCUUUGAGAGCCAUGAUUGCUGGCACGGUUGCCUGCUUCAUGACAGCUUGCAUUGCAGGAAUAUUAUCUGUUGCAGGAGAUCCAUGCACUGCUUUAUUUGAAAACUUCAAUAUGACCAGCAAUAGCACAGAAAUAGUUAGCUGCUGCUUAAACCUCUUUAACAGUGCUAACCGUUCCACAGAGACUUUUUUAAAAGCAAACAACACCUUGAGGUCCUUGAAUGGAUGCUGCAAACUUCUGAACCCGUCUACAUUUAACUGCUCCUGGGCGACUCCAGAAUUUUAAACUGGGCACUUUAUGUAAGGAGACAAGCACAGGGAUUUACUUCACUGAUGGACUGGUAGGAAAACAAAAGGACAGUGGAGUUGUCUGGUGGUGGUUGCAGACAAGACAAAUCUUGUUUCCCAGCUUAAGUAGAUUGGCAGCUGUGUAAAUGCUGCAGUUUCAUCGGGGCUACUGGUAAGUAUCUGCUCCGUAUCUCUGAUGAGCUCCUAAGUCCUGAUAUAAGCGCCUGGUCAUGCUGAAGGGCAUGUUUAAACUUUUUAAAUGCUAUUUAUUUAAAACUGUUCCAAAUGCCAUGUUUGCCUACACCUCCCGACUCUCUUUAAGAUCAGGUAGAGACAUUUCAAUCAAAGAUCUUUCUUACACUGAACAUAGAAAACUGCCUUAUCUAUCAAGUCAGGCCGUUGGUCAAUCUGCUCAAUAUUGUCUACACUGACAAUAUUGUCUACACUUACAGGGAUUCAGUGGGAAUGUUCAGGGAUGCAGGAGAUGAUAUAUUGUCUGAUUAUAUCCUUAUCCAACUUGUUUUAACAAGUUCCACAAUUUCAGCAGAGUAACAUUCCCCUUACUUUAAACUUUGCAACUGAUGAGUUUGCUCAGACUCGCUAAAGCCUCUAUAACAACUGUUCUGGUAUUUUCCCCUUAUUCCCUCAUAAAAUAUAAGAGACGACACGGUCUUUUACAA